AUGGCAUCGGGUGCUUACCCAGUUGGUUACAGAUUUCAUCCUACAGACCUGGAAUUGGUGGCUUACUACCUCCACAACCGAGUUGCCAUGGUUGAUCAGUUUCGCUCGAGUCCAAUCCUUGAUUGCCCUGAUUUCUAUGGCAAAAAUGAGCCCUGGCUCAUUUGGGACAUGUUCCGUGCCCAAUCCAACAAUAUGAAAGAGGAAGAAACUCUAUAUUUCUUUACUCACCGCAAGAAAUUGAAUCCCAAAGCGAAAAAAUUUGAUAGAAAAGUGGGAUUGGGAACAUGGAGUGCCCAGUAUUCAAAAAAUGUUGUUGCUGCUGAUGAUGAUAGUGUUAUUGGAAUUAAGAGAGAAUUUCGAUAUGAGGGUGGAUCUGAUCCACAUCAAAAUGGGGCUUGGUUGAUGCAGGGGUACCAGAUCACAUCUCACAUUGAGGAAUUCUUUGGCUUGACUACUGAUGAUAUAUAUGAUGAUGAUGAUGACCGUCAGUUUUCGAGUUCUCAAAUACAGGCAUUCUUAGCUUGUCUGGACUAA